UCUAACUCAGCGCGGUAUCCUCGGCGACGUUUUUUUUAUCAUACGUCAUAACAUUAUAAUAUAUAUACGAUCUCAUCUUCCCCGACGAGCGUAAUCAUGGCAGACACGGCGGUCGCGAAUCAGGCGUCGGAAGCGUCUACCGGUGGCGGGGGAGCCUCUCCUCCCGCCGCCGCCAAGAAGGCGGUCGCGAGCUCCUCGCAGCAGCAGAAGAAGGGAACGAAGGGGGGCGCCCGCUCGAAGCCGUCCCAUCCUCCGACGGCCGACAUGGUCAACGGGGCGAUCAAGAGUCUCAAGGAGCGCGGCGGAUCCUCGCUUCAGGCGAUCAAGAAGUACCUCGUGACGACGUACAAGAUCGACGCCGAAAAGAUGGCGCCGUUCAUUAAGAAGUACAUCAAGGGGGCGGUCGCCUCCGGCGCCCUAAUCCAAACGAAGGGCAAAGGCGCGUCGGGAUCCUUCAAGCUGGCGGCCGACGCGGCCUCUCCGUCUUCCGGCGGUUCGGCGGCGAAGGGAAGGAAAAAGAGGGUCGCGGCGGCGGUGGCCGCGACGAAACGCCAGAAGGCCGCGGUCUCCCCCGCGAAGAAGGCCUCGCCCGCGGCGUCGGUGAAGAAACCGAAAUCGUCCCCGAAGAAAAAGAAGGCGCCGGCGACCGCAUCUCCCCAGAGGAAGGUGGCAAAGGCGGCGGCCGCGAAGAAGAGGACCGGCGCGUCGGCGUCUUCCGCUCCGGAGACGCAGGCGGCGGCCGCCUCCUCUCCGUCGAAGCCGAAGUCUCCCUCGAAGGCCAAGAAGACGACGAAGGUGCCCACGAAAAAGCCGAAGGCCCCCAAACCGAAGAAGGCGAAGCAGACGAAAAAACCGGCGACCGGCUCGCCCAAGAAGAAAUAAUUUCGCGGCGAGGAGACGCCUCUCGAACACAAAUAAAUGGCCCUUUUCAGG